AUGGCGGGUUUCCACUCGUCUGCGUGUUCCGCGGCGGAUUUGUCGCAAUCUUCUGGACCGUCCGUGACGGAAGAGACCGUGUCGCUCGUUCAGGCGUCCGAUAAAGGCAUUGGACUCGCUUUUGUGGAGCAGCUGCUGAAGCGGCAGCCAACUGGCCGCGUCAUUGCCACGUGUCGAGAUCCGAUGGGCGCUCAGCACCUGGACGCACUGCACGACCAGAGCGGUGGACGGCUGGAUGUGAUGCAACUGGAUGUGACUAAAGAGGAUACUAUCGAGGCUGUAGCAGCGGCAGUGCGGCAGAAGUACGGCAAGCUAGACCUGCUGCUGAAUGUGGCGGGUGUGCUGCACCGCCCCAACGAGCUACAGCCGGAGAGCAGCCUGCACUGGCUGUGCCAGGACGCCAUGCUACUGGCAUACCGAGUCAACGCCAUGGGGCCCAUGCUCGUGCUCAAGCACAUGAUGCCGCUGCUGGUGACGGGAGGCCACACCAACCCCAACCGCCCCUUCUCCAUAGUGGCCAACAUGAGCUCUCGCACUGGAUCCAUUUCUGAUAACCACAUCGGCGGCUGGUACUCAUAUCGCGCCUCCAAAGCUGCUUUGAACCAGUUCACCAAGACGGCAGCAGUGGAGUUGGCCGCCCAGAAGAGCCCAGUGGUGGCUGUGCUGCUACACCCCGGCACUGUAGACACCGACCUUACCCGCCCGUUCACUUCGCACUUGCCGUCCGAUAAGAUCUUCACGCCUGAUUUUGCCGCUGACCAGCUAUUGGGUGUUAUCGAUGGGUUGAGUGAGAAGGACAACGGGCGGUUUAUCGCAUAUGAUGGCACUGACGUGGCGUGUGCUUCCGCCUCUCGCGUCUUCCGCGGAACCGUAGCCCGCGUCAACCCCGUGCGCGCCCCCAUGGCUGCGCUUGCCGCGCGAGCCGUCUCCGCCGCUGCGGCUGCUGCGUUCCCGGCGUUGCCGCCGUCCCAUCGGCGCGCUUCGCAAGCAGCCAGAAGCACGUCGCUGCGGAUAGGAGUGACGGGAAAGCGCGGCUGUAGCAAUGGCGGCUGUAGCCGCGCGGGGAGGAGGGGUGGGGCUGUCGUUGCGCUGGCUGCUCCGCCUGAAGCCGUGACUGCGAUUGUGGAGAGCGGAGCUGCCACGAUGGUGUCAGCUGCUGAUUGGACGAGCCACCUCGUGCUCGCCACGCUCAACGCAGCUGCCACGCUGGCAUCGGACGGGCCAAUAGAAUUGCCCCCCGCAUACCUGGAAGACCCCUGGGCUAUUCCCGAGGUCUCUCCUCUCCAGUCAUUCGCCAGUCUACUGUUAACGGGAACGAUUGGUGUGCUGCUGUUUCGGGCUAUCAAGAGACGAGCAAGCAAGGUCACUGAAUCGCGUUUCCGGUCGGAUUCAGUUGAGAAGCUGUCGUCCAAUCCGGUGGUAGAGGAGCGGAAGCGUCGGGCGGCAGCGGAAGCGGCAGAAGCAGCCAAGCGGGCGCCGCCCACGGUGCUGAACACGCUGGGCGGCGCACUGGUGGCGGGGUCGAUUGCCAUUGUGCUCUACAAGUUUGCAACUUCUGUCGACGAUGUGUUUGCAGGGCAAACCCUUUCCACCACUUACACUGUUCGGAACCUCUCCAUUGCUGUCAGGACCAUUGUAUCAGGCCUCGUAUGGCUGGCCACAUUCAUCUGUGCUCUCAAUUCCCUCGGCCUCACUCAUUUUUUUAUCACUGUUUCCUCCCCCUUUCUCCCUCACUCACUUUCUCCCUCCUCUUACCACAGGACCAUAGUAUCAGGCCUCGUAUGGCUGGCCACAUUCAUCUUUGGUCUCAAUUCCAUCGGCCUCACUCUAUAUGCCUUUCAACUGGCGCUGGGUCUCGACUCUCCUAAAGACAGCCCCGUUAGUGGGAGUGGGAGUGAAGAUACAGUGGGAUCUAAAGACAGUGAGCCCAAGGCGACAGAGGUUCCAGUUGGGAGUGACGAGAAAAAGCCAUUGGGUUUUGGAGGUUCUUCGAAGGAAAAUGGGGGAGACGAGAAGAAAUAG